GUAUACAUAGGCACACCAGACGGCGGCUCCUUCAACGAAUCUGAGUAUGUCAAUCCACAACCCAUCGACGCCACAGACGAAGUACCGAACAUCUCCACUGGGAAUGUGCACCGAGACGCACCAGCGCACACAGCUGCUGCACUGGAACAAAGCACUGGUCAGGAGGCACACGAGGCUGUUGUGGUACCUAACAAAGGUGGUGGAUGGGGGCAGAAGUGCAUGUGUGUAUCUGUGUGUGAG